UUUUGUGCAGUUUACGGUAGACGCAAUGUUAUGGUGCAACGUGUAGUCUUAAAGUUCCUACUAAACCUUUCCCGUUGAGCGACCUAUAUAUAUCGACUAGCUUAUAGUUACAGAUCUGUAUUGUUAGACGAAAGUAGAGAUGGGGAAGCCAAAGAAAAAGAGUGACCUGAGCCGAGCUGAGCUGAUGAUGAUGACCAUUGCAGAUGUCAUCCAGCAGCUUGUCAAAGCCCAGGAAGAAGGACGAGACGUCAAUCUUAACAAACUGAAGACUGUCACAGCAGCCAAAUAUGGACUUGAAUCACAGCCGCGUUUGGUGGACAUCAUUGCCGCUGUCCCACCACAGCACAGACGGACCCUGUUGCCCAAACUCAAAGCCAAACCAGUCCGGACAGCGAGUGGUAUCGCUGUGGUAGCUGUGAUGUGCAAACCUCAUCGGUGUCCUCACAUCAGCUUCACCGGCAACAUUUGUGUCUACUGUCCAGGUGGACCCGACUCUGACUUUGAGUACUCCACACAAUCGUACACUGGUUACGAGCCAACCUCCAUGAGAGCCAUCCGAGCCCGAUAUAAUCCCUACAUUCAGACCCGGCACCGCGUGGAGCAGCUGAAGCAGCUGGGACACAGCGUGGACAAAGUGGAGUUUAUUGUGAUGGGUGGAACCUUCAUGGCUCUGUCCGCUGAAUACAGAGACUUCUUCAUCCGAAACCUUCACGACGCUUUGUCGGGGCACACGUCCAACGAUGUGGCAGAAGCUGUCAGGUACUCCGAGCGCAGUAAGACCAAGUGUGUGGGGAUCACCAUCGAGACACGGCCGGACUACUGCCUGAAGCGCCACCUGGGGGACAUGCUGGGGUACGGCUGCACCCGGCUGGAGAUCGGGGUUCAGAGUGUGUACGAGGACGUGGCACGUGACACCAACAGGGGUCACACGGUGCGAGCGGUUUGUGAGUCUUUCCACUUGGCCAAAGACGCCGGCUUCAAAGUGGUCGCUCACAUGAUGCCGGACCUUCCCAACGUCGGCAUGGAGCGAGAUGUGGAGCAGUUUAUCGAGUUCUUUGAGAACCCCGCGUUCAGGCCUGAUGGUUUAAAGCUUUACCCCACACUGGUCAUCAGAGGAACCGGUUUAUACGAGCUCUGGAAGACCGGACGCUACAAGAGCUACACGCCCAGCUCUUUGGUCGACCUGGUGGCACGAAUCCUGGCACUGGUGCCGCCCUGGACUCGGGUCUAUCGAGUGCAGAGGGACAUUCCCAUGCCUCUGGUGAGCUCCGGUGUGGAGCACGGGAACCUGAGAGAGUUGGCUCUGGCCCGCAUGAAGGACAUGGGCACUGAGUGUCGAGAUGUGCGCACCAGAGAAGUCGGCAUUCAAGAGAUCCACCACAAAGUCCGGCCCUACCAGGUGGAGCUGGUGCGCAGAGACUACGUGGCCAACGGCGGCUGGGAAACGUUCCUCUCCUACGAGGACCCAGACCAGGACAUCCUCAUCGGCCUGCUGCGUCUGCGCCGCUGUUCGCCGCAGUCCUUCCGCCCGGAGCUGAAAGGAGGCGUGUCCAUCGUCCGGGAGCUGCACGUGUACGGCAGCGUGGUUCCCGUCAGCAGCAGAGACCCCUGCAAGUUCCAGCACCAGGGAUUCGGGAUGAUGCUGAUGGAAGAAGCGGAGAGGAUCUCGCGGGAGGAGCACGGCUCCUCCAAACUGGCCGUCAUUUCCGGUGUGGGAACCAGGAAUUACUACAGGAAGCUGGGCUACGAGCUGGAGGGUCCGUAUAUGGUGAAGGAUCUGUGCGCACCUGGAAUGGACUGAGUCACCGCGCUGCUUUAUCUGCUCCAGCACACACUUGUGUUCAGCCUCACCAUGAUGGCUGCUGCAUAAUGUCCAAGCAGGGGACGCCGACUUGUGUCCCCCCCCACACUCCUGUUUAGAUAAGGACACUGUGGUGGAGGGUAAACAGUGGCCGUCUAAAGGUGAUCACGAUGAGAAUUUCACUUUUUAUUUGUCAAGGAAUAAAUUCUGCUGUGAUGCAUAUCUUCACCUCCUCUGCGCCUCCAGUGCCUGGACAACACAUAUCUGGUUUCAGUUGAACACAUUGUGAUGUGUCUGUUAAGGGCAAUUGAUGCUGCACUCAAAAUCAAGCUUUCAUUCAAAACUGAUUCAACUACGGAUGAGUGGAUGAUGAGAGGCACAGUUUUUUAUUGUAUCAUUGCAGUUAAUAUUCAGAAACGGUGUCAAUACCCUGGAAGAUAUUCAAUGGCAUUUUCAAUACGGCUGUGAUAAAAAUGACUUUAGAUCGGGGAGCAUAUGAGCUAGUGCUCUGUAAUGUAAAAAAUAAAAAUAAAAGUUAAAUAUAUAAUAUAAAAAUGAAAAGAAAUGUACACACACACACACACAUAUAUAUAGAUAUAUAUAUUAUUUAUUUAUUUUUUUUAUUUCUCGCUACACCACGGCCAGGGUUUCCAUUACUCUCAAUGUAUUUGAAAUUCUUAUAAAAUGGAAGACAUUAAAAGAGCUUUAGUUUAAAUCAUCUCAAAACCGAUGCAAAAUAAACAAUAUUUUGUUGUUUAAAUGUAUGUAACAUUUUUUUAAAAUAUUACAUUAUAUAUAUGUGUGUGUGUGUGUGUGUGUGUGUAAAUGUGUGUGUGUAAAUGUAUGUAUGGAAAAUAUAUAUGGAAAAAAGAUCCAAAGAUCAUUUGAAAAUAUUGAUUAAAUUAAAAAAAAAUACAUAAUCAGGAUAUGGGGGCAAAACAAUAAAAACAGGACAAAUAUGUUCCAUAUUUUUCAGUCAAUGUAAAGUAAGUAACCAAACAUAAGUAUAGUGCCUCAGAAGGCUAUUGUUCGGGGGCUUCCUGUUUAAUGUAUUCCUCAGUGUCAAGAGGGCAGGCCCUCGCAGCAGACCCCCAAUAAUUGCCCCAUCACAGUGUUUUACUGGCUCAUCUGACGCCGCUGCUCCCAUCACUGAGAGCUGCCUAUUGAACUCAGCAAUACCUGGUCACGAAGAGCCCGACCUUACAGUGACCUUACAUAUUUAAGACCCUCCGACCUGAUGCCCAAUUUUCAGCCUGUGUCAUGUUGUUUUGAUUUAGCAACACAUCCUCCUGUCUCUAUCCUCCAUUCGCCCCCUUCCCUCCGCUCCUUCCCCUGGAAUCUCCAUCACCAACAUGUCCAACUGGUCUCUUGACAUAUGGUCUAAAGGGUGGAUGAGGUUUCAUGAAACAGUGGCACUGUCUCCUGUACAAUGUUUGGCCUUGAACAACUAACUCAAUUUAAAAGAGAGCGCUAUCAACCCUGCAAUACUGUUCCAUGAUGCCUCAUCUGUCCAUCAAGAUCUGAGGCCCUUAGCUUGUGGCCCUCAUGAAGUCAGAGUCAAACAAUGAAGCCAAGCGUCCAGAAAUGUUUAAAACAGUUAAACUAAAACCCUGUUGUUAAUAAUCUCCAUUUUUAUUCGUCAUGACGACAUCAAUUCUAAAUAUGACUCUUCUAUUUUUUUCUUUUUAUGUGUGAAUUAUAUAAUAUUGUAGUUUAAAGAGUAAUGGAAAUUUCUUUCAAUUGACCCAAAAAUGUUUUGUCCUUCAAAAAAAGAUGAUUUAUUUCAUUUUAUACUUAUGUGCCUUGCAAUCAUAUUUCUGUUUUAACAGACAUUAUUAUUAUUAUAUUUUGUCAUUAAAAGUCUUCAGGUUUAUUAAAGUAAAAAAAAAAUCUUCAGGUUUAUUCAAGUAAAAAAAAAAACUCUUCAGGUUUGACAGUCCCUCACAGCACAUAACGUGGACCUCAGAAAAUGUAACGGUACAUCCCCAUUGUGGUCCGCAGCUGUGAAGACCUUAGCGCCCCCUGCAGGCUGGGAAGCCUGUAGUGGAACUGCGGCUAAAUUCGAUUACCAACACUGUUUUUUUUUGUGUUUUUUUUAUUGAAUCAGUCAAAGUGACUGUUGAGAGAAGGCCAGGAAACUACCUAUAUUUAGAUAAAAUAAGAUUUGCUAACAUGUUCAUGACGUAAACAACGUCCAUGCAACAGAAUAUCAGCUUUAAUAAAUAUUGAGAUGCUGCUCGAGAUUUAUGUGACCUAUAAUGACCUCAAACAUAAUCACUUCAAUAAAUGCAGUGGUGGACCAGCUAUUCAAAGUGUUUAUCGUCCCCCGGUUUGCAGUUUCACUGGUCACCAGUUACGCUGCCAUUAUGAGUCAGUCUUGUGCGUCACUUUCAGGAAGCAGGUGAAGGAACGGCUGCAAUAAGGUGGAUUAUGGAUCAUAAGAAUGAGAUUGAAAAUCAGGGCUUCACAUCCCACGUGUGGGCCUCCGCCUGACGUCCCACCCUGACUCACUCCAGAGGAGCCCAUUUAAGGCAUCGCUCCACGCCUGCUCUUUGGGCUUUAGAAAGGAAAAAAAAAUCCUCAAGGUCUUCCCCCUCGACCGCCCCUCCUCCUAGAAGUCUCGCUGAGUCGGCGCUGGGCAGAUUUGUGCUGAACAAGAGUUUGGUUUAAGCACCAGGGAAAGUCUUAUGAGUUCACUUCGGAGGCAAAUACUUAAUUUUGGAGAGCAAGUACGAUGAGUGAAGGGGCUGCAGAUAAGGCACAUGACGGUGAAGAACCUCAAGAUCACUUUCUUCUAGUCAGGAAUUUGAGUGACUCCUAAGAGAUAACACUGUAAAAACAGCUGGCUUCUGUGAGAUCUGCGACAAAAAGGGUCGCACUUCUUGUGACAGUGUUCAGCUCAGUCACUCAAGCUCAUGACUCCUUUUUUUGGGUCCUGAAACUGAGAGCAGAGUUGACCCGCCGUCUUUACUUUAUGCUAGAUCAGGUCAUCCUGGCUGUUUCGGGCGAUGCCCAGAUCCGGUCUAAGGAACCACCAUUCAGCUUCUUCUCCUGAGAUUCUGUUUCGACUCAUGGAUUUUGCUGAGAUGAAAAGGGGUCAUAAAAAGUGUUUUCUUUUGUUUUGUUUUUUUGUCACGACUUGCUUUGCCAGAAACUGGGGAGGAUAUUCAGGAGACCCCCCCCCAAAAAACUACGCCAGUCUCGAAAAUCUAAAAUGACAUCUAAAAUGAAAUCACAUGCAACACUCAUUGGAUGUGAUGCGCCUUUCAAGAAGCAGCUCACAUAAUACACAAGUGGACGACCAAGAGGGAAGAGCAGUCACAACAGCUCAGGAGACUGCAGGGAUGUGAUCGCCAGCUCCGCUAAUAGCUGCUCUUAAUUUCCUGUUAGGAGGCUGCGGGUGUAUUAGCCAUCAUUAGUCACAGUGAGCUUCACUCUGCAGUUAAAGAUCAACACCUCGGUUUAAAAGUGACGGCAGCCGUGCUUGUUUAAAGAGCUGCCAUUCUGAAAAUGUUAUUUCAUUCAUAUGAUUUUGAAGGAAGUGGAGUAGAAGCACUAGAAACUUGGGCACAUUUUCAACUUUUAAAACAAAAAAAUGCACAAAGAAAUCCGCUUCAUAAUAGAUUAGGUUUAUUGAACUUUUCAUCUACAAAGACAAGUAUUUUCAGAAAAGUCCACAACUGGCAUUCAAAAUUAACAAAAAUAGGUCGCAUUUCCAUUUAUUACACACACGCACACAAAAAAAAUGGAGGUAAAAAACACAGGAAAACACUAAGUCAAGAUAGAAAGGUGCUGCUGCAAUGCCUUGAAUGGACGAGCAACAUUUUUGGUGCAUUUUGGAGAACGAUGGGGUUUAAAACAAACAUUCCCCUGCCAGAGUUUAAAUCGUGUUUCAUUCUACCCUCCACUUGAAAACCUAAAAAAAAAAAAUUCAAGUAUGUUAAAGGUUAUAUUAGUUUGUAAGCAGUAUUUCAUAAGGAACAACGAAGCGUUUGACUCUUAUAUAAAAAAGAGGAAUUUUAAAAAAGCUGCUUCAUUGAUCCUUUUGCGUGUCAUGUGGUCACCAGUAAAAAAUACAUACAUUUAUAAAAAGGCCUUUGACGUCAACAAACAUCAAAUAGUACUCAAGAUGGUCCCAGUGGAUCUGAGGCACGCACAUAUAGUGCAGUCGGGGGUCCAGAGUUUUCCAUUCAGGGUCCAAGCAGACAAAGCCAGUUCGCUCCUGUAAAUAUGUCUAAUCUCGGGCACCGUCUGCAAAUUCAAGAGGUCCCAAAUGAGUGGUCCCAUGCCCUGCAUGAGCGUUGCAGCUGGGGGAGGGAAGACACCCAUGUAGUGGUCAUUCCUGCCCGAACAGCUCCUGUCAGUGGGAGUCCUCGUCCAGAGCGGCGUUAACUCGGGUCUGCAGCUGGUCGGCGGGAGGUCGGCAGUCCGGGUCUGAGGCCAGCAUGUCUAAAAGCAGGGCGCACAUGGCCGGGCCGGGAGGGGGCGGCAGUGGGGGCGCCCUUUUAGACUUCAUGGGGAUGCACAGCUGGGUGUCGGCGUUCUCCCACAUGGCCUCGCCGAGCGGCAUCAGCCAGCCGGAGCGACCCUUGCACACGUAGGCGCCUGCGGAGGGAACCAAGGAACCAUUAGGACAAGUGGUCCCUGAACGCACCGCCAGUCAGACGGUCCCUUCUGAUAACAGAGGCCGGCAGUGAAGUCAAGAUUUGAACUUUAGAUUUAAGACUUCAGACCACGGACAUCUUCUUGACAGAACUUUACGCUGACAUAUCUAAAUCUAUUGGAGCUGUACGUCAUAUUUUACCUCAAAAAACAAGAUUAAGGGGAAGCAUGUUUUCUCCACUGUGCCAUUUGCUUUUGACUGUAACAUUUCCAAGAAAAGUUACGGGAUAAUCUCACAGCAAAUUGUGGGACGUCUCUGGACGUUCCUGAAAAUACAAGAGGAGCGGAGAUAAACAACAGUGCUGGUCUCCCUCUGAUCUUUUGCCAAGUCAGAUAUCAGCGUGGGCGCGACACUGCUGAAAGGAUAAAGUAAAAUAAUGGACCAUUUUAUGUGUCGGGGAAGAGCUGCCUUCCCCCAUUCUCUUCAGAGGGGACGGUGGUCUGAGCUUCACUGAAUCCCAUUUUUUAGCUCUUUUGUUUUCACUCAGCUAAUAGAGCAUCACUGACUCAGGAGCUUCUCUGACACUAGAUUUGAUGUGUUAGACACUUGCUGCCAACAGGAAAACUCCUGUGGCAGAACGAUUCUCUGGAUGAAAUAAAACGUUUUUUGGCCCAGACGUUUCAUUACUUUUGUGGACGACACAGCUGCCGCUGUAGACGUGGUUUAUUGAAGGAGGACAGGAAUCAGACACGGAAUAUAAUCUCAAUGAAACGUUAUGUUAAACCUGCAAAUAAUAGAUAAUAUAAUAGAUAAUAAAAGACAAAUAAUAAUCAUCAUCACCACAAAGACUGAAGAACACAAGAUCGGGUGAAGAUCUAAAGUUCAAGUCCCCAAAAACAACAGAAAAGCUGUUGAAUGUGCCAGAAUCUGUGGAGGUUAAACGCAUCCUUCAUCUCCGUGCCAUUUCAAUGUGUUAUUAACAAUCUGACAUUGAUGAAUGCAUGAUGUAUAGAAUCUGACAUUUUUAAUAUGUGCCAGUUAAUUACGUCAAACUCCAUUCAGUGCGAUGCGUCAUCAACCUGCCUGGUCUCACACACACUCAACCUUUCCACACUGGAGAGCAGCUUCAUUGCUGCGCGGUUCAAGAUAAGAAAGAUUCCGUUUUAAACUCCACAUUUUUAGAAUGAACAUUAUCAUAGAAGAAUUGAAAUAUGGAAAACAAUAUUAUAUUUGACUUAAAACAGGUGUAUUAUAUUUAUUUUAUUUGCAAUAAAUAUGAAAACAUAACAAACGUAAAUAGUGCACAUGUGCAUAUUAAAUUUAGUCAACAAACGAUAAAAGAUAAAUCCUUGAGAAGGACAACACCAUCAUUAAAAAGGGCAUGAAGUCACUGACAAAAAUGGAAGUUAUCUGGACAAACCAAUCUCUUAUUCCUUCCUUAUGGAAAAGUAGUCACAAAAAUUAGAUAAAAACUUGUGCUGGGACUUUAACAAGUUAGUUGCGAUUAAUUACUCUGCAGCGAGGAUGAUAACAACAACAAACAUGGAGGAAUCCCUGAACAAAAGCAAACAAAAGCAGUCGGUUCGCUUUUGUUCAGGGAUGUUUUUCACUACACAAGUUUCUACUACUCUGAAUGUACUUGACAUUCUUAUAAAAUUGAAAUUCUUAUAGAAAUAUUUUCAAGACAUUAAAAGAGCUUUAGUUUAAAUCAGGUGAUAUAAACACUUGAAUACAGUCACCAUCGUGAUUUAUUGUGCUAUUGUCAACCUGAUGCAAAAUAAACAAUAUUUUGUUGUUUAAAUGUAUGUAUGGGUCCAUCAUUGGAUUCAGUAAUAUACCAAAUUCAUUCAAAUUGAAAAAUGUGGCUUCUUGUGGCAAAUAUUCUUAUACCAGUAAAUUUCUUUAUGCCGCGAUGAGACCAAUACAUGCAAACCUGGCAAUGUGUUGCAGCUAAAAUAAGAAAAAAUAAGAAAAACACUCUCACGUUAUCAAAAGAAAGACUAAAUGCUAUGAAUAAAUAUUAUUUCCUGUUUACGUACCCAGUUGUUCCUGCGUGCUUCCUUCCUCCAGGAAAGUGAUCCUCUCCAGCACGGCCCAGAACAUCACCCCCAGGGAGAAGAUGUCUGCCUGCGCGGUGUAAGAGAGUCCACCCCAAACUUCUGGAGCCAUGUAGAAGUCGGAGCCACACGUGGAGGAGAAGUGCUGCCGUGGUAAACCUCCCUCUGUUAGGCCUGCGCUCAUUUUGCUCAGACCGAAGUCUGCCACCUGUAGGUCACACAGAAAGGUAAAUAGGCGAGGAGAAAUGGAGGCACUAAUAGCAACAUUUAUGAAGCAUGUACAGGCCUGAAUAAACACAGCAGUCUGACGUAACAGGCAGAAUAUUAAACUGCAGGUUCAGGCACUUAUGACUUGUAAUAUUGAUGGAAAAAAAAAAAUCAAUACAGCACGCCACUACGUGAGCCAAUUCAUAUCACAGAAUACAAACACUGUGGCCUUCAGAGGACCUCAUCUCUAAAAGGGAGGCUUGUGAUGUUCUAUUAACAUUUGGUGCACUGUUUUUUUUCCGAAGAAACAUUUCUCUUAAAUGGGAAUAAAUUCGAGAGAGAUUCACAUCCCACAGUAUCGUACUUGCCCAAGAAAGGUGCAGCAAAAGAAGGGCAAAAAA